AUGGACCUUUUUGAUUCGGGCACAGUGCCUAAAUGGCUACUAUACUCUAUGAGUUCAUCAUUUCUAUGUAUAUUUGGUGCAUUUAUGGUUCCGAUAGUGUAUUCAUUGUUCAGGUCUAGCGAGGAAGUGAAUACCAAACUAUUAAAUUAUGGUCUUUCUUUGAGUGCAGGGUCAAUGCUAUGUACUAGUUUGCUAAAGAUGCUAGGGUCUACGGAUAGAGAUAAUGAUACUAUUGUAUUUCUAGGGUUUUUAACUGGGUGCUUCAUCAGUUUUUUCUUGAACCAUAUAGUGCAUUCUUACACGAGCCAAAGUUUGAUCCAUUGUGCACAUUCGGACAAUGAUGAUGGCGAGCUGGUAAUGAACUCGUAUGAUAGCGCACAGUUUUAUGAUACCACUAGCCAUUCUCAUAGAGCUAGCCACAGCCACAGUAUUAAAUUACCGCAUUCCUAUGAUCAUGCGCAUUUACACGGCCAUACUCCAGCUCGCGGCCGCUAUAACAGUUUGGAAGGACCAAAUGCGGACCCACAACAACAGCAACAGCAGCAGCAGCAGCAUCAAAGUCAUUUUCAUCCACAACCGCAACAUCAUCAUGCAUCAUUUUCCCAUACAAACGCACUUCACACUCAUGAUAAUUUGGAGAACAUCAAUGAAACUUUGCCAUUACUUGCUAAUAACAGCACGAAUAGCCCAAAUUCGCCUAUAGAUCAAGACCAAGAGCAAGAAUCGCAAUCUUUCCUAACCGCAUUAAGGCCUAAGAAAUGUGACUCGACUAACACCGAAUAUGACGAACUUAGCUGCAUUCCAAUUGUGAAAUCUGUUAGCAGAAGCUCGUUACCGAUUUCCAAGUGUGGCGGGGAGAUAAAACAACCAGCGCUCUGUAUCGAACCGAAUAUUGGAUACGAUUUGGAAAACCUAAAUAUUUACAGAGAGCAAUUUAAAAUGAGAGGUGAUACAUCAAUGGAUGCUGCCUCUGGUAGACUGACAUUAAUGCAUGAUGACGACCACAAACAUGUUAUGGAAACCCCAUUUUCGAAGUUAAUCUCUAUCGGAAUUCAAACAUGUCUCGUAAUAUGUUUGCACAAGUUCCCUGAAGGGUUUAUCAUUUUUUAUACCAACAAUCCAAAUGAUGUAGAUGAAACUAGACCUGACCUAGGGUUUAGCAUUUUCUUGAGUUUGGCUGUGCACAAUUUCAUUGAAGGAUUUGCAAUGACAUUACCUCUAUUUACUGCAUUCGAGACAAAAUGGCAUGCAUUGCUAAUCACUAUAGUUCUUGGAGGAGGUUCCCAGCCUCUAGGAGCUUUGCUAGGGCUAGAAUGGUAUAGACAUAGCAACCACAAUAAUAACCCAGAGUCGACAACAGCAAAAAUGGAUUUCUUGCUUAGUGUGACUUCAGGAUUUUUAUUUGUCAUAUCACUCCAGAUGUUCCAAACGGCAGUUGCCUUUAGUGAUACCCACCAUCAUCACGAAGGAGAGGACGACUCUACAAUUAGAGCUCAUCACAGCUCGGGUACGACCUGCCUAAAGUAUUGCUGUUUAGGCGUUCUGUUAAUAUUGGCAAGUUCAGCAUUAAAAUCUCUUUGA